AUGGUAUCUCCAUCGCCUCCUCCCAGCGGCCAACCUCCGCUGCUCGCGUCUCCCACAUCCGAUGUACAGCGCAGCUUCACAGGUGGCCACGCGCCUAUAGCUUCCCCACCGUCUGCUGUCAACACGCGACCUCCACCAUCAUCAUCACCCGCAAAUCAGCUACAACGCUAUCGUGCCCUCGGUCAAGCGCCCGUGGCGUCGCUGUGCUUCGAUCGCCGCGGACCGCAUGCAUCCUCCCCUACCAACAUCUCCAGUCUUCCUGCACCACCAAUGGCGUCCUUCAGCUUUGACUGUUCCAAACCGCUCAAGCAACAGCCAGUCUCAGCCAACUUCUCACUUCCUUCCGCAGCCAGCGUUGCCUUCUCGGGUGAGACAUGCCGCAUCACAGUCGAGCCUCUCAAGUCCGCGUACUCUGGUGGGUUCGUUCUCCACCAGGAUCCUGCAUUCAGGCAGGACAUCCAAGAGUUGUUCGGCCAUAAAUACCCUGCGGGUAAGUCAGAGACCAAGUACUACAGUCAGAAGGAUGUGCCACCGGUUUACAAGGCUGCAGAUGACGAUCUCGCGGUCUGGAGGGCAGACGGAGGAGCUGAGAACGUGGGCAACGACAGUGGUGGAGAGGGUUGUUUGGAGGACAGGAUGAACACUUUGGAGGAUAGGAGCCGAGAAAACUUCUUGGAGAGGUUGCGUUACAAGCUUUUCAACGAAUGA